GCCCGGCUCCCGCUGCCGGCCGCGCCGGGGCGGGCCAGGAGGGCGGAGAAAGGUGCCCGCUGGCGCCGCUCCCCCUGGCGGCGGCCGCCUCCCCCCGCGGCCCGGGAGCGGCAGGAGCCGGGAGCAGGGCGCGGGCAGGGCGGCAGUGGGCAUGGAGCGCAAGGUGGCCCGGGAGUUCCGGCACAAGGUUGACUUCCUCAUUGACAAUGAAGCAGAGAAGGAUUAUCUUUACGAUGUACUGCGGAUGUACCACCAAUCCAUGGAUCUUCCAGUGCUGGUGGGAGACCUAAAGCUUGUGAUAAAUGAACCAAGUAGAUUGCCUCUUUUUGAUGCCAUCCGUCCUCUUAUCCCAUUAAAACACCAGGUGGAAUAUGAUCAGUUUACACCAAAACGGUCAAGAAAGCUGAAGGAAGUGAGACUGGAUCGUUUGCAUCCUGAAGGGCUUGGAAUAAGUGUGCGAGGAGGACUGGAAUUUACCUGUGGACUCUUUAUCUCUCAGUUAGUUAAAGGUGGACAAGCAGACAACGUUGGACUUCAGGUUGGAGAUGAGAUAGUUCGGAUAAAUGGCUACUCCAUCUCUUCAUGCACUCAUGAGGAAGUAAUAAAUCUUAUCCGCACAAAGAAAAUUGUGUCCAUAAAAGUAAGACAUGUCGGCAUGAUACCUGUCAAAAGCUCUGCAGAUGAACCUCUUAAGUGGCAAUAUGUGGAUCAGUUUGUGUCAGAUGCUGGGGAAGGAAAAGGCAGCAUGGCAGGGCUUACUUCAUCUGGAGGAAGAGACAGUAAAGAGAAGAAAGUCUUCAUUAGUUUGAUUGGUAUGAAGGGUAUGGGAUGCAGCAUUUCCAGCGGUCCAACGCAAAAACCAGGCAUCUUUAUUAGCAACGUUAAGCCAGGUUCUCUUUCUGCAGAAGUGGGGUUAGAGGUUGGUGAUCAGAUUGUUGAAGUAAAUGGAGUGGAUUUUUCAAAAGUGGAUCACAAAGAGGCUGUGAGAGUGUUAAGAAGCAGUCGUACGCUGACUAUCUCUGUAGUAGCAGGAGCUGGAAAAGAGCUUUUCAUGACCGAAGAAGAGCGGCAGAGAGAGGAGCGCCUUCAUGAACUGGAGCGUCAGGAAUUAAUGCAUCAAAAGCGGCUUGCAUUAGAGACAAAUAAAAUCUUCAAAGAACAGCAAGAGAAAGAGAAGCUAAGAAAACAGGAGAUGACUCAGAAGACUGCAGAGGAAGAAGAAAGAUAUCAUAAAGAAAUUGGACAGAUAACAGCAGAGGAAGAGAAAUUUAAGAAACAAUGGGAAGAGGACUGGGGACCUAAAGAGCCACCUAAAACUGUAAAAACUGUGACUGCUGAAGUUCACCGUGCCCCUUCUCCUAAACACAGAGUAGAUUUAAAGGGAAUUGCACGUGACCAGCUUACAGCGGAUGACAUGGAUGGAAUGAGCAUGAAGCAGGACAAACAGAAGGGGAAAGAAAAAAAGAAAUCAAAGAGUGACGAUAUGUGUGAACAGAAGAAAAAUAAAAAGGAAAUGGAGUUUGAGCAAAAACUUGCCAAAGAAAAAGAAGGGAUGUUGGAAAGAGAAAAACAGCUGAAAAUUAACCGGCUUGUACAAGAGGUCUCUGAGACAGAGAGGGAAGACUUAGAGGAAUCAGAAAAAGUGCAACACUGGGUGGAAAGACUUUGUCAGACACGGUUAGAACAAAUUUCCUCUGUGGAGAAUGAGUCUCCUGAGUUGACAAGUGGACGGUCUUCUGCUUCUCCUUCUGCCACAUCAAUGCGGAGGUUUGCAGGUGGCCUGCAGCUUCAUACCACAGAUCUUGAUGAUAUUAAUUUAGACGAGAUUGACAAGCCUAAGAAACGUGUCCCACCUCCCCCUCCGUCACCCCACACACCUUCUGCAUCAUCUGCAGCUCAUCCACUUUCUUCAUCGAAUGUUCCACUUUCAAGAGGCCCAACCCCCUCAUCCUGUGCAGCUUCACAGGUGACUUCAUCAUCUGCUUGGAUGCAUGCACCCCAACCUCUUCGACCACUCCCACCUGCCCCCUUGUCUGCUCCACCUAGUGAAUCUCUUCAUCCACCACCCAUCCUCUUAGAAGAAAGAGUGGGCAACCACAGCUACACUGGUGGCCCUACAGAGUCCUUGAAUGAAGCCAAAAACUACAGUGGAAGAUCUACUUUUGAUCCUUUUAGCUCUCAGAAUAGUGAGCAGACCUACUUACGAAGUCCAAAGGUUUUAAGAAACGCCUCUCAUGUCAGCAAAAUGACACCUGCAUCCAGCAGUUCACUGCAGUUUGCUCCAAGUCCACCUACCCAGCAUCGACCAGGGAUACCAGUAGUCUCUAAGCCAGUCAUGCUGCACCCUGAGUCUAAUUCUAUUGUCAGGCCAACAAUCAAAUCCGAGGCCCUGCCCCAAGAGAUGUUUAAAAGAAUGGUGGUUUACAAUUCAUCAUUUAGAUCUAACAAAAAACAAGGAUUCCAGAAGUACAUUGAAAAUUUUGACCCCUAUUCAAUGUUUUCACCAGACCAAGUUAUGGGAAAAGAUGUGCGGCUGCUGCGUAUUAAAAAGGAAGGGGCAUUAGACCUUGCAGUAGAGGGAGGAAUUAAUUCUCCAAUUGGGAAAAUAGUUGUCUCUGCUAUCUAUGACGGUGGUGCUGCAGAUAAACAUGGAGGCAUAGUGAAAGGGGAUGAAAUAAUGGCAGUAAAUGGAAAGAUUUUAGUUGAUGCUAAACUGGCAGAAGCACAGACAACUCUAUCGAGAGCAUGGAACAUGGGUGGGAUUGAAAGACUUGGAAGAGACCUUAAGGGUCACUACAGGUCCACCCCAUUUAAGACUGGAUUGACUUAGUCAUUGCAGCAUCUCCUCCAAAGGAAUAUGAUGAUGAGAUGACAUUUUUUUAAAGUACAGAAGGUAAAACUGAAGAAACAAAGACUAUGCUCUGAAGAAAGCUGCUGAUUCAAAAAUGUGAAAUCAAUAGCUUUGCAAAUUAUACAAGAGAAUUUUCUGACUUUAGAAUUGAAGUGCACUAGAGAGAUGCCUGGCCUUUAGACUCUUUGGGUAAUUUAUGUAACUUCAAAGCCUUCCAUGGACUCAGAAUGUGUAGGUACGAGAGAGAGAAUUAGUAACUGAGGAAUGCUGCCAAUACCAAUAAGCUAUUCUGUAAGAUUGUUAGGAUCUAUAUAUUUUUCUAUAAGGCUUGUGGGGCCAAAUUGUGCAAACCAGCUUUCAAAAGUACACCAGCAACUUGCCUAGAAAUGGACACCAGCAUAUGCUCAUAGGAGUUUAAAGCACAUCUAUUCUCACAUUUCCAGUGUGAUUGCAGUUUCAUGUGACAGCUUGGGCAGGGGUGACUGACUGACCCAGUCUUUGUGGGGGUUUUCCACUGGGGCAUAGGUAUAUGGAUUUUCUGUUAGCACUUACAGAGAUUGUCCUUGUAAAUGGUUCAAGGCUUCGUUCUACUUCUUUUACAUGUUUCGAAUAAAAUACAUCCCUGUGCAAAAUAUUUAGGUACCACUGAAGCUUACUGAAUGUCUUAGAAGGGCUUAAGUGGUUCAGAGGACUGGAGUCGUCCACUCCACAGAACUGCAUUUCACCCAUUUCCAUUCUCAGUGAGCUGUCCUAUUUAAAUCAGUAGACUUGGUCACAGAGUGUGCAUCUACAUGUGCAAUUAGCAUGAAGCAAUCAACUCCGGUGCAUACCGCACAGGAGUUUAUUGCAUGUUUGCCCAGGACCGCAGUAUGGUGAGCUGGGUUGGAGCAGCCCCGGCUGGCAGGGGAGCUGGGGGUCACCCUGCCAGCCUGGGCCUGCUCCCCCUGGCUCAAUAUGCUGCGAAGGGGCUGGCUGGGGCAUGAGGGUGCUCCAGUACAGGACUAGCUGGCAGGCACUGAAACACCCUUGUGUCCCAGCCAGCCCUGUCAGCAUCUACACGUGCAUUGCAGCAGAGUAAACUACUCUGCCACAGGAUAGUAUUUGUAUAUGUAUAUACAAAUAAAUUAGUGUACUAAUUAGUGUAAAUUAUUUUAUUCUGGCUUAAUAGUGUCUCAUGUAGGUGUGGAGAUGUUUACUGCAGAGCUAAUUAAUUAGCUCUGCAGUAAACAUCUCAUGUAGACAUGCCCAGUAUGAGGUGCCACUUAGUCUGCAUUUAAAUAGCAAAAUCAAUCUCUCAGGCACUAGUGGGUGAAGAGACUGAGUUUGUCUAAAAAUAAGAAUCUGAUUCUGCAGCUCUUAUUCACAUGACUAUUUCCUGAGACUGUUCACACAAGCAAGUACAUGAUGCAAAGUGUCUUUGAAAAUAUAACAUUCUUAUCAGUGACUAUAUGUCUUCUAGAGGGAGGUAGCUGUGUUAGUCUGAAGUCAGGCAGAAAAAGCAGGGCAAUGUGGCACCUUAUAGGCUAACUCAUUCAGAGAAUUGUGAGUUUUUCCAGGCUAGUGCUUGCUUCUGAAAAAAUAGAAGUAGCAUCUGAUGAAAUAGGAAGUAGGUUUCUAUAUGUAUUCUGGUUAAUUAACAUCCCUUAUAUUGUGGAUACUUUAUUAACCUGAUUAUAAAACAGUUGGUCAGAUAAAAUUAUACUUGUAAAAAUAAUUUGAAGCCAUUUUAAAGGUCUUGGCAUUUUCUUGCACAGAAAUGGAAUCUUCCUCAGAUUAUCCUACCCAAAAAAGAAGUGUACGUAUAAAUCUAAGCAAUUUUAAUUUUUUUAAAAAUCAGACAUUUUGAAACCUAGAAAGUCUAAUUGAAGCUUAUAUUAGAUGUGAUUUCUCAAUCAAAUGGUUUCUUAAAUAGCUGCAAAAGGUGUCAGAUUGACCACCCGGUAGAUGUUAAUAGAGAGGGCUAGUCUUUUACUAGAUAUAAAUUGGUGUGGUUCUACUGCAGAAAAAAUCCCAAUUCAUCUAAAACAUUCAUUAGAUCAAACUUCAAGAAACAAUUACGUGAAGAAAUGUAUAUAUGUUCCAUUUGGUAUAUUGGUUUGCAUAUGGUCUUUAGAUUUCUGAUCUAAUCUAUUGCAAGCUGAAAGAUGUAUUUCUUAUGCAUCCUGAAUUCCCAUGGGGAAUUUUGCCAGCUCCAGGCAUAUGGACUUGGGUCUUAAAUAAAAAACAAGAAAAAAUAAUAAGGUAUUAAUUACAUCCCUGACUAAUCAGAAUCUAAACGAGUCUUGUAGUAGUAGGUUCCUUUGUGUUGAACUUCUUAUGUAUGAACUGAUAUUUGGUUUUGUCUUGUUUCAUUCACAUGCAGUGUUGUUCCAAUAUGCCAAUUAAUGCAUCGGGGGAGAAUACACAUAUUAGGAGUUUAAAAACACUACCUUUCAACUAAAUAGCACCAAAAUAAAACUAUUGUUGCCAAAUACAA